UUUGAGAUAUCUGAUUCUCGUGCUUUCGCAGUUGACUCAAUGUAUCAAAAUAGUAAAAAACAGAAAAUUUCACCAUUCAGAAUAUGCAAAGCGUUGACGUGAACUAUGCAGAUGUCAGUUGGAGAGCAGAUGGUUGAUUGUUACAUCUUUCUUGAAGUGUCCACACCAGUGAAAGCUUUAUAAAGACAGAGAUAAAAAUGAAGUUUGAAGCAAAACUGGUAUUGACUGUUUUAUAUCUUUUACUGGCAACAACAGACAGCUGCAAGUACAAAAAAUUUUCAGAAGAUCACAGUUUUUGUAAAGAGCCCAAUGAAGAAUGCGAUUUACAGGAAUCUGAGGUAACGGAGGCCGAUAAAAAGAUGAUUCUGAAAACGCACAAUGAAUUUCGAAUGAAGAUAGCCACAGGAAAUGAAAGCGGAAUGCCGAAAGCUUCAAAUAUGAUGGAAAUAGUAUGGGAUGACGAGCUGGCAUCCAUUGCUCAAAAGUGGGCCGAUCAGUGCACAUUCAGGCAUGACUGUUUUGAUUGCAGGAAAGUUGAGAGAUUCCCCGUCGGACAAAAUAUAUACACAAUUAGUUCAACAGGAAGAGCUGAAUCCGGACACUGGAAAGAAAUGACAGAAGGUUUUUAUGAAGAAGUAAAGGACUUCGAUAAAAACGUCAUCAAAUCUUUUAAACCUAAUUCUGCCUACGGGCAUUUUACUCAGCUUGCUUGGGCAGAGACGUGGCUAAUAGGUUGUGGUGAAGCAGUGUAUAAAAAAGAUGGUGAAAACAAAAGUCUUCUAGUCUGCAAUUAUGGUCCAACAGGAAAUAUUGAAGGUGCAGAAAUGUAUAAAGAAGGAGAACCUUGUUCUGAUUGUCCGUCGGGAACUUGUUGUUGCAACAAAUGUGAAGAGUCUGGUGUGACAUCAGAUUACCACGGACUAUGCAAAGUGAUUGAUGAAGAGCAAUUCAAGAUGGAUAAUAAGACAGAAUGAAAGACACUGUGAAAUAUUAUGUACAAAUCAAAUGUUUUUAUUGUGCCUCUAUAAACCUAAUAACUCAGC